UGUCUUUUAUUUCCUACGCUAGUUUCGGAGGAUUGGACCUCCGCAUCUGCGACGACGACUCCCCUGUCUUAAUAAAAGGAAGAAAACACCGGCACGUUUCUGUCUUCCAUGAAAACGGACGACUAUCUGCAACCAACCAGACCUGCUGCAAUGACCGCCACCUCUCCUCUCUUCUGACUAAUACUUUAAAAGCGCCAAAGCAGCGAAAGAAAGAAAGAAAGAAAGAAAGAAGAAGAAGGCCUUUGGAUCCAUGGCUGCAUCUUCUUCCAGAGGAAGGAGCAGCUCUCCUUUCGGCUUCCGGAAGCCUUCGAGCCCUUACUCGUCGACUUCUUCAUCUUCGUCGCUGAUGAAUGGGAGGCUCAUUCCUCGGUCCUGCUCCUCCUCAGCUUCUUCUCAGUUUUUCAGCUCCGGCAAUGGGAUCUCGACCAGAUCCAUGACGCCGAACCGUGGCCGCUCUGAUUCCGGCUCCAAGGCCCACAGUACCCGCGCUCCAAUCGGUUUUGCUUCCGCGGAGGAGCUGGUUGCGGAGGCCGCCGAUUUGUCUGGAUCUGGCGAUAGCAUUUCGGUCACCGUCCGGUUCAGGCCGCUGAGCGAGCGGGAAUUCCAGCGUGGAGAUGAGAUCGCAUGGUAUGCGGAUGGGGAUAAAGUGGUUCGGAGUGAAUAUAAUCCAGCAACGGCGUAUGCAUUUGACAGAGUUUUUGGACCAGCCACACCUUCAAAGGUGGUGUAUGAUGUAGCUGCUCGUCCUGUAGUCAAGGCUGCAAUGGAAGGUGUCAAUGGGACAGUUUUUGCCUAUGGCGUUACUAGUAGUGGGAAGACCCACACUAUGCAUGGAGACCAAAAAUCCCCUGGAGUAAUACCUCUGGCAAUCAAGGAUGUUUUCAGCAUGAUCCAGGAUACUCCAGGACGAGAGUUUUUACUCCGGGUGUCAUACCUUGAAAUCUAUAAUGAGGUGAUAAAUGACUUGCUUGACCCAACUGGACAAAAUUUGCGUGUGAGAGAAGAUGUACAGGGAACUUAUGUUGAGGGCAUAAAGGAGGAAGUUGUUUUAUCUCCUGGCCAUGCGCUUUCUUUCAUUGCUGCUGGAGAAGAGCAUCGUCAUGUUGGCUCAAAUAAUUUUAACUUGUUGAGUAGUCGGAGUCACACCAUCUUUACAUUGAUGAUUGAAAGCAGUGCCCAUGGUGACGAAUAUGACGGAGUGAUUUUUUCUCAACUUAAUCUAAUUGAUCUAGCAGGAUCCGAGAGCUCAAAGACUGAAACAACUGGACUCAGGAGGAAGGAAGGCUCUUACAUAAACAAGAGCCUUUUAACUCUUGGAACUGUAAUCGGAAAGCUUAGUGAUGGGAAAGCAUCUCAUGUUCCGUAUCGUGAUUCUAAGCUUACACGACUUCUGCAAUCCUCUUUGAGUGGCCAUGGGCAUGUUUCGCUCAUUUGCACUGUUACUCCUGCAUCAAGCAAUAUGGAGGAAACUCACAACACGUUAAAGUUUGCAAGCAGGGCAAAGCGAGUUGAGAUAAAUGCUUCACGCAAUAGGAUUAUUGAUGAGAAAUCAUUGAUUAAGAAGUAUCAAAAAGAAAUAUCAAGCCUGAAGCAAGAACUGGACCAGCUAAAGAAGGGGAUGAUCGUUGGUAUCAAUCAUGAAGAGAUCCUGAGCUUGAAGCAGCAGUUGGAAGAGGGUCAAGUGAAAAUGCAAUCAAGGUUAGAAGAGGAAGAGGAAGCAAAGGCGGCUCUUAUGAGUAGAAUACAAAGGCUUACUAAGCUUAUACUUGUUUCGACGAAGAACACAAUUCCUGGAUGUUUGAGUGAUGCACCCAGUCAUCAAAGGCGUCAUUCUUUUGUUGAAGAUGAUAAACUGGAUGUGUUGCGUGAGGGUUCUCCACUGCUUAUAGAAAGUGAGAACAUGCCUAAGGACUCUCCUUCUUCCGCUCAGUCUGUUUCAACUGAUCCAUCGUAUGAUUUUAAACAUGGAAGAUCCUCUAGCAAGUGGAUUGAAGAGCAAUCCUCAGUCAUCAGUUCAGUCACAGAGUCAACUCAAGCUGGUGAAAUUAUUAGUGGGAGUGCCGCCGGUCUCAGGUUGCCAACAGUUGGGAUAACAACGUCAGAUCAAAUGGAUCUGCUUGUGGAACAGGUUAAGAUGCUUGCAGGCGAGAUUGCAUUCAGCACUAGUACUCUCAAACGUUUAGUUGAGCAGUCUGUAAAUGAUCCGGACGGCUCUCAGAUUCAAAUUCAAAACUUGGAAUGUGAAAUACAAGAGAAACGGCGGCAAAUGAGGGCUUUAGAGAAACGCAUCAUGGAAAGUGGUGAGGCUUCAAUGGCCAAUGCUUCCAUGGUUGAUAUGCAUCAGACGGUCAUGAAGUUGAUGACUCAGUGCAAUGAGAAGGGUUUUGAGCUAGAGAUAAAGUCAGCAGACAAUCGUAUCCUCCAAGAGCAGCUUCAGAAUAAGUGUUCAGAGAACAAAGAGUUGCAAGAAAAAGUGCUCCUUUUGCAGCAACAGCUGAGUUCAGUCACGGGUGACAAUUUGCCACCAUCCUCUGAACAGCUUGUGUCAGAAGAAUAUGUUGCUGAGUUGAAAAAGAAAAUUCAGUCUCAGGAGGUUGAGAAUGAGAAUCUAAAGCUGGAACAUGUUCAGCUUAUAGAGGAUAACAGUGGACUCCGAGCACAGAAUCAGAAGUUGGCUGAAGAAGCGUCUUAUGCAAAGGAAUUGGCAUCUGCUGCUGCUGUUGAACUAAAAAAUUUGGCAGGUGAAGUCACCAAGCUUUCCUUGCAGAAUGCGAGACAAGCAAAAGAGCUAUUGGCUGCUCAGGAUAUGGCAUAUUCUAGAGGCCCCCACAUGCAUAUGGGUAGUGGCAAUCGGAAGCAUUCUGAAAGCAAGAUUGAUGGUGUUAAACUAGGGAGAAAAGGUCGGCCUCUUAGCAGGGGUGGUGAAACUCCCAGCACAGUUUAUGAUGAUGCUGAGUUCUGGAAUCUUGAUCCAAAUGAUAUGAAGAUGGAGUUACAUGCAAGGAAACAGAGAGAAGCUGCUCUGGAGUCUGCUUUAGCUGAGAAAGAUCUUGUAGAAGAGGAGUACAGAAAGAAACUUGAUGAAGCAAAGAAACGAGAAGCAGCUCUGGAAAAUGAUUUAGCAGGCAUGUGGGUUCUUGUUGCUAAAUUGAAGAGAGGAGGCGGAGCUUCUCCUGAGGUGAAUGCUGAUGAGAGGUCAUGUCAUGGAAUAGACCUUGUAAGAGAUCUAAAGGAAAAUAACUAUGAUAUCAGAGACGUCCUUACGGAUAGACAAGUAUCAGAUGAAUUGACAAAGCCUCUUUGUGACGAACGGAAUCAAAAUGCUGAGUUGGAACCUCUGGUAGUUCGCUUAAAGGCUCAGAUGCGUGAGAUGAAGGAAAAAGAGCUGGAACCGCUAGGAAAUGGGGAUGCAAAUUCUCAUGUCUGUAAAGUGUGCUUUGAAGCACCAACAACAGCAAUACUUCUCCCAUGCCGGCAUUUUUGCUUGUGUAAACCUUGUUCACUUGCUUGCUCUGAAUGUCCUAUUUGCCGCACAAAGAUUGAUGAUAGGAUCAUUGCUUUCACUUCCUAAUCAUGUGUAAGUGAAGGUCGCUAGCUAGCAUCAUGCAGCCUCCUUAAUAAACUGGUGGCUCUAGCCAUCAUAAAAUCCAAACUCGCCUUAAACCGAGUCAACUCAGCUGGGUGGAUGUUGUUUCCGGCAAGCCAAAACAAGCGGCAAAAGUUUCGGUCUGGCGAGUCGCCUCCCAAACCGAGUUUUAAAUCCUUGCUGGCAGCUAUAACAUCAUUAAAGAAUUAGAGCUAUUGAAGUGCUCAAGUUUCUAAUGCAUUUCUUUUAUUUGCUUCAGGGGAUAAUAUGGGCGUUCCGAUAUUUCCUAUUUUCCAUGUAAUUUUAGUGAUACCAGUGCAAUUCUUUUAUUGAUUUCAUGUACGUAAUUGUUGUCUAUAAUGGAUCUCUCAAUAUCUUUCUCCCUGAAGGGACUGUAAAAUAGGAAAACAAGAAGUGAAGUUUCCGAUUUGAAUUGUGAUCCCUGUUCAGAAAAAAAAGAAAAAAAGAAGAAAAGGACGAGAGAAAUUUCAGCUCCAAAAUGGUGCUUCCUGUUUAAAGUGUACAAGGAAACGUUUUGUAUCUCCUCUCCAUUGUUGUGUAUGUUACAAUAUCAAGAGAGCUUGAAGUAGGUUGAUCAUCUAUUCAA